AAAUAGUUGCAAGGCUGUUUGUUUCAUCCGUCUGACACUCGACACCAAAUGAUCUCACAGAUCUGCAUGCUAACUCAAGCCCUCAUUCUGUCCCCCCAUGGUGGACACUCUCUCUGGGACAACUCUUCUAUUUCUGUCUGGUCUCCAGCCCCGGGUCCCGCUGCCUGCCUCUGCUCAGAUGCUCAAAGACUUGACUGUGGACCACAUAGAGGUUUUUGCUUUGGAUUGUUGUCAACAGAACUAGUCAGAACUACCAGAGAGGUCUUGUGUUAGGUGAAAGGGCAGAAUCAGAUCACCAAGGCCUUUUUGGAGGGGCCUGUUGAGGAGAUAACAACAGGGCCCGAAUUAUGGAUUAUAAAACUGAAAGGAAAAUAAAUAUAUCCAGGAUUUUAUUGGACAGAGGCCAACUAAAAAGCACAAUGCCUUAGGAGCUACUAGCUGUAGAAAAUCCAGUCUAAGGGGCCCCAAACUCUGGGUCCUGUAGCUCCAUCAGCAGGCAGAGUACAUCAUUUUGAGGUCUGUGUUUGCAUGAAUGACUGAACAACUGAAGACAGCGCUCUUUGCUUGUGACCUUGUAUCAUGACCUCAGUUGAGAAGCGCCGCUCAGGCCGAAAGAGUGGUGGGCAUCGCAAGCACAGCGAUGGAGGCUACAGUGACACCUCCAGUGGUGGGUCCUUUCUGGAUGAGACUGACCGUGAGGUUAGCAAUCUGACAGAUCGAGCAUUCAGGAGCCUCUGCAUUGGGGAUGAGGCUGUUUAUAAUGACUCAGACCUCUGUUCGUCUUCUCCCUGCACCCAGAGAGACAGGCAGCUUGCCUUUAGCCAGAGUGGGCAGGACAGAGACAGAGAGGACAGAGAGAGGGAUGAACUCAAGAGAGCUGCACAUGAGAGCUUCAGCAUCAGGAUGCAGCAGUAUGGACCGGACUGGAUCCAUGGAGGAAUGUAUGAGGCUGAGAUCCAGAGAGAUCCACAAUGGGACGGUUAUGGGGAAAGGACACAUGGGAGAGUUUCUGCCACAUUCCAGCACUCCUUUGUGGAAACCUCUCAACAGGAGGAAUCGUUGGGGAGAGAACAGCUGUCCUUUCUAGGCAAUGGAGCCCCAGAGUUGAGUUUGCGACAACGCAGAAGCCGCUCUAGAGUUUCGUCUCUGAUCAGAGCUUUUAACUCAGAAGGACAAAGGGAUGGAGCAGGGAAGGAUGGUCAACUCAGAGAGUGGAAUGAAGAGACAAGCUGGGACAAAUCAGCUUUGAUGAGUAUCCAAAGGGAACUCUCUGAGUUCUCUACAUCUUACCAGCAAAACUUUAACAGUGGUCAUUUCUCCUCAGCUUGCCCAUUCUCCUCCCAAGACACCAGCUUCUACUCCUCUGAAGUAGCAGCAGUGGCUCACAUGAAUUCUGCAUCAUCUUUUAUGAGAUCUUCCCACAGUAAACACAACAUGUUCACGCAGGUAAACUGUAACUCUAACUUCUUUAUACACAGUGAGUAUAGUCCCUUCAAGGUUUGGAGGGACCAUAACAGGUUCCCCAUCCAACAAGGAGAAGUCUCAGGGUUUAUGCACUGUUCAGAACUCCCCAAAUGGUAUGACACACCAAUGUACAGGGAGCUUUCGAUGGAGGCCCAACCACAGGGUCCAUACAGGUUUGAGGAGAGAGGUAUGAGACACCAAAGGAAUAACUUGGCACCUGUGGUUCCUUCAACUCUUCCCCGCUCCACCUCAAUAACCACAAUGCUGCAGAAAGCUUCAGCCGUAGAGAAACGCUGCGAGUCAGAGAUGACAGGUCAUUACCCUCACAGGAAGUGGACACAGAGCCUGGGAACUAACAGGUUCCCAUCGCAACGGCCAUCAACUGCAUCACCUACCAGUGAGAUGUCUAGACGUGUCCAGGACACCAUCAGUUCUGUCAAAGCCCUCCAGAAAAAAAUUAAAAUGAUGACAGAAAAAAAUACAACAGGGAUGAUGGCAAAUCCACAAGAAGUAUUUUGUAGCAAUGAUAAUUUAAUUCCCUUUGGAAAUGGUGCAGAAACACUGUCACCAAACGUUGUCAGCUGUAACACAAGCACGACUCCCUUCAACAUCAGCCAACUGCUCACACCUUUAGUACAAGCACAUCAAGAAACAGAGACAUCAGAGGUCGGGCAGUAUGCAGUUUCCCCUCAACCUGUGGAACAUCCUCCAGUGCGGGCUGAAAGCCGGGGAACCACUCCUGAUGUUAGGAUGUGCAGCUACAAAUCCAGAGCCACAAGCCUACUCUUCAAUCUCAAAGACAACAGGAAAAGAGUAAAAAGCACCUACAGCCCUGCCAAAUUCAAAGGCUUGGAGACACUGGAAAAAGGCGUACAUCACUCCAUUCAGGAGCCUAGAGACAUUGUGAUAGACAUCCCUGAUUAUCCAGAUCUAGACUUUCAAUUUCUUCAGGUAGAGGAAACCAGCAGGGCAAAUACUGCCUUGCGUCAAUAUGUAAACCAGUCUCAUAGCCCUGGAUUGUCACUUACAUCACCAAAUUCUCAACCUGCACAUACAGGUCAACACCCUUUAAGUGAUUACCAGACAGCUCCGCUACAAAGUCAUAUGGUUCCUCACUCUGGGUUCACUGGCUUCCUACCUGAAAAUUUCACUAGCAAUCAGCUGGCUAAUGGGCAGCAUCUCCAUGAAGACUUAUUGUCAUUUACUCCCUACAAGCAAGGAGGAGAUGUACACAGGCUACAGGAAGAUAACAUAUCCUAUAUAUCUACAGAAACACAUGGGAUAAAUGCUGACAACAAUCAACCCAGAGAAUAUUUAAUAAGUAAGGCAAAUGCUGAGCAACAUUUUAAUGAAACAGUGGGAGGGGAAUUCACAAAGACAGAUACAUAUCAGCAGCUCUUAGAAAACAAACAUGAUUAUAGUAAUGUGUCCUCACAGGAUAGGUGGAGACAGACAAACAGCCAAGACACAGAAAGUCUCAGUCUGAAAGCAGUCUCUCCAUGGAAACAAGAGAUUACUGCUUCAGUGGAAAAAGACCAACAUGCACAGGCUUACCAAAGAGCAGCUGUGAUAAAGGAGGAACUAAAUUCACCAAGAGACAAAUACAGAGAAACAAACCAACCAAGUAUAAAUAAAGAACUCGAGAAAAUAGAGUUGAGGGAGAGUUUGGGUAUUGGAACAUCUUCUCACAAAAAUGCUGGGUUGGUCAACACUAACAUUUCAAACCAACAACAACAAAAUGCUCCAUUUAGUAAUUGCACUGUAGAAAAUCCAACAUAUUAUGGACAACAGCAACCUGGAGCUCUGAAGUAUAACAAUAAGGAAAAUGAAAUGAAAGACCAUUAUUUGACACAGAAUUAUAACAGAUAUAGUGAUCAAGAAUUCAGAAACCAACACACAUUGUAUUCUAACAAUGACAAAAGAAUACUCACGCAAGAAGCAGUUCAGAGAAAACAAUACAUGUCAAUUCAACAGGCGUUUGAAAUGCAAAGUCGCCAGCCAAUAGAAGCUAAAACACAGUUUGAACAGAAUGUGCAGAAAACGUCAUUACAUAACUCUGACAAUGCAUCUGCCACCACAGUAGCAAACCAGGUAAAAGACAGAAAGGUUGUUGAGGUCAAGGCGGAACAGCUCAUGGCAAAUCUUGUAAAAGCACAACACACCCAAGCAGAGCUGGCAAAGGCUCAGCACUGGGCUCAAGUGGAGCAGCCCAAAGCAGAGUCUGCUAGGUUAAAUUUAGCAGGGCAGACUGGUUCAGACAAAGUCAAAGCAGAAGAGGCCAAAGCAGAAUUAACAGAGUACCAGAGAGUAAACCAAGCCAAAGCAGAACAUAUUAAAGAGGAUAAGAGAAAAGAGGAACAGUCCAGAGGAAAACAACCAGAGCGUGCAAGAGAGGAACAGAUAAAGGCAGCGCAUUCUAGAGUACAAGUAACAGAAGAGCCUAGAAAUACAACAGAGGAAGUAGGGGCCGAGCACUUGAGAGAGGAGCAGGGGGAGCAGGUCAAAGUAAAACAAGCUGAAGCAAAGAGACUAAAAGAAAAAAACAUGAAAACUGAACUUGCAAAGGCCGAGCACGCAGGGCAGGAUUGCUUGGAGCGAGCUAAACAUGAACAUCCCAGUAGAGAAAAAAUCAACGCGGAAGGAAUUGAGGAAGAAUGGGUUAGAGCAGAUCAAAAUGAAAGGGAUCAAGUGGAGGUCGACCAAAUCAGAACAGAAAAGGUCAAAUCAGAGCAGGCUGAAGCUGAGCAUGCAAAAGCUAAGCAAGCUAAACUAGAGCACAUACAAGAGCAACAAACUAAAGCAGAACAAGAGAAGACUAACAUAGCUGAAGUGGAAAAGGUCAAAGCAAACCAUAAUCAAGUUGAGGAUUAUAACCAAGAGAAAGUUGAGGACGAUUCAAUUCAAGCGGGUCGAGUAAAUGCAGAGCAACCUGUAACACAGAUAAUUAAAGCCAAAGACAGAAAGACAGAGCUAGUAAAGUUGGAACAAACCAAAGUGGAGCUAGCUAAAGCAGAACUAACAAAAACAGAGAACAUGCCGGAUAGGUUAGCUAAACCUGCAACAAAACUAAUAGUGACACAACAGGUAGAAAAUGAGCCAGAUAAACUUGAACACGUUAAGACAGAGUUAGCAAAAGCUAAAGCAGAAUUGGCUAAAAUAAAGGAAAAAAUGAGAGGUGAGCAAAAAGAGAAAGUCAGAAACAGAGUUCUCACAAAUGAAGAUGGGAUUAAGACAGACGUUCCUUUGACGGGAAAUAUCAAUGAAAAGGAAGAGCACAAAGACCAAGAACAGGCAACAGAAAUGCGUAAACAAGGGGAAGACUCAGUUGUUGUCAGCAGGCAGAAUUCAGAUCAAGUUAGUAGAGGGGCAGAGUAUGAGCGACUCAGAGAGAAAUAUGGUUUUAUUGAUUCAAACUCACCAAACAGAAACAAAGUGUCAAAUGAUGCCAAUGAAACAUCAGCUUUAUCUCUUGACACAUUUGAGACAACGAAUAGUGAGAAAUCUGAAGGUAAUUCUAGUCCUACAAGCAGAGUUGCAAGAGAUAACACAGAAAAUAAGCAGGGAUUGGGCAGUUUCAAACCCUUUGAGUUGACAGAGAGUCAGUAUGUUUACAGUGAGUCAUCAAAAGAAUUCAAACUUUCUGAUAGUAAUUAUUUUUCCAUCAAUGUAGAUGAAAGAGAAAAGAGUGACACUGUUUCUGAUAAAGUGAAGGAUGACAGUGUUGAAAAGUUUGACCCUCUGAAACAAACUGAUAUUUCACAUCAAAGAGAUUCCGAUUUAGCUAAACCGCUCCCCCUUGUAAGAAAACCCAGGUCAUCUGAGCACAGUUUAGGUCCAGGUAAAGAUACGAUUUAUACCCCUCAAAGAGCACUGUUCCAUAAAGAGAGAGCUCAGACGAAGCAGGAGAUUCUGACUUCAAAGAUAAAAGCUCAUGCUGAAAAAGAGAUUUCAGCUAUUAAAGAAAAGGGUUUUGCUGUACGAGAUGGGUUUACAUCCAAAAAUUCUAACAAGCAUUCAGCAGGUAAUAAUAUACGACAGAGGCCACCAUCGCAAGGAGUGUCUAAAAAGCAUGAAAGCACAAUGGCCAGUAAUAUUCCAUUAAAGCACCAGAUGGAGCCUUUAGGAAUACAGAUGGAACCAGGGAAGUUCGUUCCACUUUCCAGCUCUGCAACAAUACCAGUUAAGUCUGCAGCAACCACCAGUCAGGUUCAUUCACAGAAACAACUUCACAAAGAACCAUUGAAGAGCAAUGACAAUCUGCCAAAACCCAGAGAAGCAAAACAGACAACAGAAAGUUUUACUAGGAGCACAGAUGACGGCUUGGUAGAAAAUCAAAAGAAAGAGAAUCAAUUCAAUUCAAUUGAAAUUGAAUCACGUACACAAAGUAAAGAGAAGGCAAUCAAAAACAAGCCGGAAACAAAGGAAGCAGACAAAGGAACAAUAUUUGGAAAACAGAAAGAGGGACUUAAAGACAACCUUGUCGUAGACACUGACCAUCUCAACAAAAAGAAACAGGAUUGUCCACAAACUACAGCUCUGGUCGCAGCGGAAAGCUCCAAAGCUGUGCCAAUAGAGAAGACUGAGAGUAAACAUGAAGUAGUUCCUGAGGACUCAGCACCUUCACUAAGUCUUGCCUUGGGUCAGAAUGAGACCACUGUGGCUAAGGACAAAUUGCAGAUUAUGGGAAUAUUUGUAACUGUGCGAGAAAGAAAGCCCUCUGUGGACAAUGGUCAGAGGAAUAACAACACUGAAGAGCAAAUGAUUGUUAAAGAGAAAGAGUGCAGUAGUUCAGAGCUAGAUGAAUGUCAUCCCAGCUCAGGUCUGGAAGUAGGUAAAGGAAAUACAUCUUCAAAGGAAGUCAGCCUGGUAAAGCUAAAUUAUGAAGUUGUACAGAACACUCACCCUACAGUAAUAGAAGAUAAAACUAAAGUUGGUUUGAAUAACUAUCCUGAAAACAUGCAAGAAAUUUCAACCCUAGAGACAAGACGGAACAAUGUGUCUGAGAAUGUCACUGUGAAAAGGACUAAUCUUCAACAGGAGAAUUCUUCUAUAAAUGUAAGACCGCAAAUGAUAACACAACUCAAAGAACCAUUGGCUGAAAAAAGUGUGCCUUGCACAAAUAAAGAGUUGGCUGAAACAAAUCCGCUUCUCUAUAACCAAGGCAUAAUAGCAAAUGAAACAAAAGACAACACAAAUGAAAUACUAGAAGAAAACUCAGUAAGAAUCAUAAAGAAAGUUGAAGUAAAGAGUAAUACCGAAGAGAAAAAUCCACAAAAAAGUCAGACAUCACAUGCCAAUGAGAACUGCAUAGCCAAAGUGGUGAACACAGCAAUCGGCGACACAAAUGAUUCAAACAGAGCUGAUGCUGUCCAUCCAUCCAAAUGCAGGGACAUAGAUAGUAAGAGUACACCCGCAGAAGAAAGGAGAUGUGACUCAACACCAUCAAAGCCAUUCAACAAAGUCAUUCCAUCUAACCAUUUAACUGAGAAUGAAAAUGCUCAUGCAUCUCCACAACACUGGUAUAAAGAGACUCACAUUGCAGAAAAUAAUCAAUUGGAUGAUGAUUUGCAUAUAGGCAGCAUUGCCAUCAGAGUUGUGCCAGCAGUAACUCAGAACGACAACCUGAAAAUGGCAGGAAAACAUGUCAACAUCACCACUGUCCCGUCUGAUGUAGCUUCAGCUACUGAACAAAAUCAAGAUGCAUCAUCUAGUCUUGAAAAAAAAGUGAACACUUUUAACAAUGAAGACAGAAUCAAAGACCUCAAUCCAGCAUGUAGUGGAAAGCAAACGGAGGACAAUUUGGAAGACAAAUUUGGAGUACAAUGUGAUGUGUCCAAUGUGAAAAAACUGUCCAAAUCACAAAAAUUCAGUAAUCAACAGAACAGCACAAACACCACCAGUGAGAAUACUCAAGCUAAAAAUGGAAAGCCUGAAAAGGUAAAUAAAAGCGGGAAAUCAGUGGAUGAAUCAACAAUAAGACCAAUGGUGGGAGACUACUUUCAAGUGCAAGGGGUCGGAGAAACAAAUAAUAAAUCAUACAAUCCUACUAAUGCUGGAGAAACGUCAAAUGCUGUUUCAAAGGGAAGGGAGAUUCCUGCAUUAUUAUCAAACAAGGCAAAUAUCAGUAAUGAAUCUCACAAUGAAGGAAAAAAUCUAGUAUUUGUUCUGGAUGAAAGUAAAAGGAAAUCAAGUUCAGAAAGAGUUCAAGAUGAGAACAUGAAAAAGAAAAACAGGGAACCAGAUGAGAACCUGGCUUCAAAACCCAGGGAUGGUCCCACAGAGGGUCAGCGUAACAAAAAUGAGACAGAGGCUGGUCAAGCUGUUCAUAUCAGAAAACAUCGUACAGAGAACCAGUCCAGUUUAACAGCAAGGGAAGCACAGAUCUCAAGAAAUUCACACUCAACACAGGAAAAUACGGUUAAAGAAAAACCUGAAGUUAAACCAAAACCAAAAGAAAGAGUAUCCACAAUACCUGAGAUAUCAGCAAUUGCAGACUAUGCCAGGUUAAAGGUCAUUGUUUCAGAAGAAGAGGCAAACAAAAUUCAGGAAUUUCGCCCCAACAAAAAGGAGGGAUUUUUUCCACUAAUACAAACUCGUCAUAGCAGACGUCCAAUGUUCACUGCUGACCUACAAGACCUCUCUGUAAAAAAGAAAAGUUUGCCAAAUAGGACAGAGGUCAGCUCCAAAGUGAACAAAGAGCCCAAACCCUUAGUGUUUCCCAUUACUGAGAGAGAACACCAGAGGACGGGGAUGUUUAAGCUGGGAGACAAAGAACGACAAGAGAAAAUGAGUUCAGAUGCAAAAGCCAAUGAAGGUGUAUUAGACACUGGGUCAAAACAUGCGCAACAGCUCAAAGCAAGUAACAAGUCACCAUCAAGUCAUCUUAAGAACCAGGGAAGUGAAGAACAAGUGACUGGAACUGAUCCCCAAAGAGUUCAACAAGUAGAACAAAGUAUUCAUCAGCCAAACAAUCCUCCUAUGCAAGCAACAACCUCAUCUUCAUCGGUCAACAGGCCAAGAAGCACUUCUAUGUCACAACACCCAAAGCCACUUGAUAACUCCAAUCCACAUGAAAAACGUGUGGGACAAGUGUACAAUAUAGAGGAAAGCACCACAACUCUAAAAAAAGAUGAGGAGAUUGAAAAUGCACCAGCUACAAUUGGGGAAAAGAGAACAGAUAAAAUGAGGCAAGAAAGGCUUGCAACUCGGCAUGAAGAAAUCAAAACACAACAUGAGAGUAGAGCAAAACAGUGUGAGGAAGAACAAGCUACUAGGAUAGAAGAGGAGAAAAGAGCUGAAGAAAUUAGAGUAAGACAUAUGAUAGAGGAGAAUAGAGCUUCUGUUGCUGAAGAAGAGAGGAGAGCUGCUCAGAGAGAAGAAGAGAGGAGAGCAAGAGAGCGGGAGGCCAUUGCUAUUAAGAUCAAGGAGAAGCGGGAAAAACAGAGAGCAGCAGAAAGAAGGGUAGUGGAAGAAAGAGCUGCUCAAAAAGAAGAGGAGAUGAAAGCAAAUCAAAGAAAAGAAGAAGAGAGAAUUAGAGAAAUUGAGGAGAAGAGGAGAACACAAAUUGAGGAGGAGUGUAAAGCAAAACUGAGAGAGGAGGAAGAGCGGAUAAAAGUGAAUGAGGAGAAGAGGAGGGUGAAACAUAUAGAUGAGGAAAGAGCUGCACAAGAGGAGAGGCAGAGGAAAGCUGCUAAAGACGAGAUGCAGAGGAGAGCUGCUGAAGCGGAGAAGAAGAGGAGAGCUGCUGAAGAGGAGAAGAAGAGGAGAGCUGCUGAAGAGGAGAAGCAGAGGAGAGCCAAUGAAGAGGAGAAGAAGAGGAGAGAUGCUGAAGAGGAGAAGCAGAGGAGAGCCAAUGAAGAGGAGAAGCAGAGGAUAGCUGCUGAAGAGGAGAAGCAGAGGAAAGCUGCCGAAGAGGAGAAGAAGAGGAGGGCUGCUCUAAUUGAGGAGCAACGGCGAGCUAAACUGAUUGAGGAGCAGAAGAAAGCAGAGCAGAUUAUUGAAGAGCUAAGGGAAGAAAGACAUAAAAAGGAAGAAUGGAUGAGAACUCACAGAGCUGUUGAAAAAGACAAAACAAUUGUAAAACACAGAGAAGAAAAGCAAGCCAAAGAGGAGAGAACCAGACUCCUUGAGGAGAGCCAAGCAGCACUGAAAGAGGAGGAGAAGAGAGUAGCACGAGAAUGGAUGCCGGCUCAAAGAGACGACGAGACCAGGGCUAAAACUAGAGGAGAAGAAAAGUUAGCAGCUCACAGAGAAAAGGAGAGAGCCACUCAGAUGGAGGAGCAAAAAAGAGCAGCGCAGAGGAUGGAUGCUCUCCAGUACUAUGCCAUCACCUCAACAGAAUCAGAAAGAAAACCCAGAGAAAGACAACCCUGCUCCCCUUUACCAUCCCAACAAAGGCACAAUCCAUCAGGCCUUGGAUCACCUGAGGACUCAGCAGCCCAUACCAGGCCUUAUAGGCCACAUGCCCCUGCAUCUCCAGCUCCAUCUCUGCCCCGCUCCAACACCCCCUCUCCUGCUCUGGGAGUCAAGCCCUCAAUGUUCAGGGUGAAGGAUAACACCGUCAGAGGUUCCUCUUUCAAGUCGGUCAAACCACGCCUCCAUAAGAACUUUGGAGAGGAUUUCCGAGUGGGUUCGCCGAUGGAGAGGAGGUCAGAGAGAAGAGAGGAAGAGCAAGAAAUAACGAGACACAGUGCUGGAACUCCUGUCUAUCCGGACACAGGGUUCAACAGACUAGCUGCCAUCAAAGAAUCCUCCACUUUUCAGCCAGCAUAUUCAUCACAGGAUUACUCAGCCCUUCUCCCACAACACAGGCCUUACUCCAGGAGGAGCAUCGCUCUGGAUGAAGAUGACUCCCGUUCACUCAUCAGCAACAUGUCAGAGGAUGUAGAGAGUUAUGCCACCAGUGCAGCAGACCUGGCAGACAUACGAGGCCUAUAUGAUGGAGAGAGGCCAGAAUCAGCCUGUAGCUUUAGCAGUGAUGUCUCCCGUUCUUUGGGAAAGCCUCCAACUGUUCCCCCAAAGAGUGAGAAAGCCUUGCGCAGAGCCAAAAGGUUGACUACUCGGAGAAUCAAUAAGGAGUUGUCCAAAGCUGCAGCAGACAGCCCUGAUGGAGUUCAGAACCCUCUUCAAGAAUCAUCCAAUGUUACUUCCUCCUCCUCCAAUGAGGUACGCUCUUCCAGCCGCCACGCCAUGGCUUCCUCCCAUUUUUCCUCACCUGUCUCCCUCGCUCAUGCUCCAACAUUGGGGUCUAGCUUGCUUUCUUCACACACAGAGCACAAAUCUUCUCGCAGCUUCUCCUAUGCUUCCCCUCAUGCCACUGGUCCUAUCUCUAUCCCAGUUGCUUCACCUCAUGCUACUACCCCUGUUUCCCUCCCCGUUGCCACGCCAAAUGCUACUGGGCCUGCUUCCCACACUGCUGCUCCUGAGACAAUUGCUCAUGUUUCCUCUUCUCCUACUCUCCAUAAUGCCAACCACCCAGCUCCAGUGACACAGUACCAUGUUGAGUCAAGCUAUCCCCAGUCUUACCCACUAACCCAGCGUAAGGUGUUGCAAGACCUCGGCUCUGGCCAGUAUUUUGUUGUGGACGUGCCUGUUCAAGUGAAAAAGAAGACUUUCAUUGACCCGGAGACGGGAAAAUAUGUCCAGCUGAAUGUUCGCGAGUCGGGCCACAGCACCUCCAGAACCCAGCCCCAGCAGACGUACCCACAACCUCAGCUCCAACCCCAAAUGAUGGUCAAGUUUCAACAACCGCCCCAGGCCUCCCCAGCUGGCAAGCCUUAUGUGCUUCAUCAGGCCAACCAAAGUUACGCCCAAGACUACCAACCUCUGGCUAUCAACUCUGGGCCCCGCAACAGGUCAUCAGCCCCUGUGACUCUCCACCAGGACCAACAGCCUGUCAGGGAGAGCCACAGCUAUGGUUAUCCACCCCCUGAAAUGGGACAGAACUCAGAAGGGCAUCGCUACAGCCCAGAAAAGACUCCAUACAUGGACACAGUUAAUGAUAAAGACAAAACACAUAACACCAUUUACAGCACACAUGCCCCACAUGAGGCAUCCCCAGAGGGUGAAACAAACAGCCAGCUUGCAGGAAGCUCAGUUUGUGAAAAUGAUAACUCAGCCCACUCACAAUGUCAGCCCCGUGAUAUAAUAACUAUGAGUGAACUGGAGGACUUUAUGGAGGUGUCUGACUGGUGAGAACAAAGAACGGUAGCUUUUACUCAGCAGGGGUAGCUAAAUUAAGUAUUUUCAUCAAAUAAAGAUCCAUCCAACCAAAAACACAGAAUGAAUGAAUCACAAUAUGCAGUAUUUUAACUGUUUGUAAAUGACUUUGUGGAAAUAGUCCAAGAAAGGUUUUGGUUUGCAGUUUUUAAAGGGCCUUUGUGACGGGUUGUUAGAUGGAUGCUUUUGAUUUUGGAGAUUCACUGUUGAGCUAUUUAUUGUGUUACAGCAAAGUUCAUUCCAUUUGACUUUUGAAUGUGAGAAGCUAAUAUGUUUUUUGUGUAAACUGUAUGAUCAGUAUCCCAUUGCCUACUUAACCUAAAAGUAUGUUAUCACAUACUGUAUCAAACAAGACAGUGUGUCCACAGUGUUGAGUAGUUUUGAACACUGGCAGGCCUGCUUAAGUUUGCAAUUUUUUUUGUUGUUGAAGAAAUCGUACUUUUGGCAUUUUGUGAUGCAUGAAACAUUGUUAAACCCACAGUGUCAAUUAAAUAUCUGCAGAUGGUGUAAAGCAUAGUUUGUGUAUUCAACCAAGGUGUCAAAGUGAAAACAUGGUUAUGUGAUUAUUGCCAUUUUGAAGGUUUAUUUUCAUACUGUAGUCCAUUUUUAAAGUUGGAAGUGUGUGAGAAUAUUUCUGUGUUGCUGUGAAACUGAAUUGUGUGUCAUGGACUUACUCAGGCAAUUACAACACACUUGAUUCAAAUAAAUUAUUUCUCACCACAAUGACUGUCUUUCAAAAUAUCAUUGUAAAGGUUAUAAAUAAACAAAAAGGAAAAAUA